AUGCCCUCGUGUGCUCCAGACUCCAGGUUCUCUGCAUUCCUUCAGACCCCAAUCCCGGCGCUGGACGAGCUCAGAGGCCCUCUGGAAAGCUACGUGUACAUUAUCUUCAUUCUCGUCAAGCAGGCGGCUAUUUGCUCGGCCAAUGAAAUUGAGAAACCUCCGCAUCUGCUGCGCUUCUCUUCUCAUGUCUACCCAGAUUCGGAUCAAGCGCUUUGUGAACAAGCUCCAAAGCUGUGGUUGAGGAGGAGCAGCACCGAGCGAGAGGAAGGGAAAGGCUACAGCAGGCACCCGGGUGGUAGGCGGUGGGCGCUCGCCAAUUCCUACCAGUCGCUCCUUAACGAGUUCUCCUCACCUGACCUCCAAAUUGUCGGCAACUACCAGCUUGGCCGCUUGAUCGGAAAGGGCAGCUUCGGCAAGGUCUACUUGGCCACGCACAAGCUCACCAAUGGAAGCAAGGUUGUCCUCAAGAGUGCGAAGAAAGACGAUGCCAAUCUCGCGCGCGAGAUCCACCACCAUCGCCAGUUCCUACAUCCACAUAUUGCGAGACUUUACGAGGUCAUCGUGACCGAGAACUUGGUAUGGCUGGUGUUGGAGUAUUGCCCUGGCGAUGAGCUGUACAAUUACCUGCUCAACCAUGGCCGCAUGGAGACAGCCAAGGUGCAGAAGAUCUUCACGCAACUGCUCGGCGCAGUGAAUUAUGUGCAUGCGAAAGGCUGUGUGCAUCGAGAUCUGAAGCUGGAGAACAUAUUGCUGGACAAGCAUGAGAAUGUCAAGCUGGUUGACUUUGGUUUCACGCGCGAGUAUUCGGGAUCGACAAGCUAUCUACAGACUUGGUGCGGCACUGUGUGUUACAGUGCGCCGGAAAUGCUCAGGGGCGAGAAGUAUUCGGGCGAGAGGGUAGAUGUCUGGAGCCUCGGCAUCAUUCUGUUCGCGCUGCUGGCCGGCGAGCUCCCUUUCGACGAUGAUGAUGAUUCUGUGACCAAGGCAAGGAUCUUGAAAGAAGAUCCUGUAUACCCGGAUCACUUUCCCGAGCCUGCAAAGGACCUUAUCAAGAAGCUGCUAUCGAGACGACCGCUCCUCAGACCUUCGCUGGCAGAUAUACUCCGCGAUCCAUGGCUCUCUGACAAUGCUCCGCAACAGCAAGAGAUACUCAAGUUGCAACAACCACCGCCCUUCACGACCCAGCUUGAGAAGGAUGUCCUGCAGCGACUUCGCAGUGCUGGUGUGGACAUCGACAUGAUUAUUGAACACGUCUUGUCUCAGCGGUGCGAUUCGUUGGCUGGCUGGUGGGCACUCCUACUUGAGAAAGAGCAACGAAAGGAGAAGCGGAGAGAGCGUAAACGUAAGGAACGAGAAGCUGAAGCCAAGUCGAUUCGGAGGUUGAGCGCUGCUAGUGGCAGGUUGCUGGCCAAUCUUGGUGAGAUUCACGAAGGAGAGGAGAACGCCAUCCAUGAUUCACCGCGUUCGAGGGGUAGAGUUCGUGAGCGCGCAAACGGCAAUGCGCUGUUAGCUCCAGACCUGCCCAAGGUGACGGAGACCAAGUCGCCCGCGCCUGAUGGCGAGCAGUCGAAUUCUCCCAGGCCGGCCUCAGCACACAGCAGAUCGCGAAGCAGACCUCCACUGCCUCCUAAAGAUUACGGGAACCUUAAGAAUGCUGUCCGUUCUAACAGAGCAUCUUCGAGAGGCAGUCAGAGCAUGCUGCGAGUUGUUACUACUAACCCAGAUCUGCUCAGUCCUGCUUACGUGCCGCCGGCGCAGCGCAAGAGGAAUAAAUUUGCCCCUCCUCUACGUCAACAACUGGCAUGGGUUAAGCAUUUAUUCACUGGCGAAGCGCUCAAAAGAGCCAAGUCGCCGGCUAAUGCAGACAAGAAGGGCAAGGGCCUCGAUCCCAACAAUUUACCGAAUGGCAGAGUCGGGCAAGAGAGAGGCGACCUGAGGGACCUUCACAGAGUCUCCACCGGGCCAUCCACGAUAGCAAGGCGGAAAAGCGUUGGUCAACGCCCGGAACUCCACGCAAGCAAAACCUUUCCAGCGAGACCACGGAUCAACACUACUUCGUCAACUGGAAGUGGUGCCAGUGUCCGCGCCAAGAGAACCAGUCUGAGUCCAGGCACUUUGACACCUCACUCUUCAUAUCGUCGAUCCUCUGUCGGUCUCAGAGGACGAAAGUCGACCUCUUCCUCGGUUUCGUCCAUUCGUAGCACAUACAAAGGUGGUCACCAGCAUACACACUCGAAGGCCUCGAGCACAUCUAGUAAUUCUGUCGCGUCGCCUUCAGGAUUGUCGUCCACAUCCGGAUCUCGGCUAGCCCGGUCACCGCAUAGCUCAGUCAAGGUCUUACCAUCGACACCUACAAAUACCACCUUCCCGUCUGGCAUGAGGUUCCAGAGGCGCCCGCCACCAUCCGACAUUGGCUCGCUGCCAGGCCUUGGCGUCGAAGGCAGAAGCGCUUUCGGCGCCAUCCCUCCGCCAUCAUCGCCCGGUCUCCCCGUCUUUGCGAGGAGGAAACGCUCCAUCUUCAAGGGGCCAAUGAGUGGUUCCCCAAAUGCCCACCCUCGCGCUCCUGGUGGCAGUCGGUCCGCCAGCGUUCCAGGCAGACCUAGUAAUGAGCUUAUGCCUGGCGUGACCGAAGAGGACGAAGAAGAGGAAGAGGAAUACGAGGACGAGCCUUUCGGUCCAGAGCUGAACACAGCCGUCGAUCAGGGUACGGAAAUGAUAUCGGAGCCCAUAUCACCGCUCAGUGCUCUUCCUGGAGAAGACGACAAUCUGCUCGAACCGGUAGAUAUCAAGCCUGGCGGUGUACCGCUCACGGCCGAAGCACUAAAGCGACUCAGCGAAGACCAAGCCAAGAAAGAGGCUGAAGAGGCUUCUCUCGAGGAGGAGAAAGAGAAAGCGGACAGCUUGUCUGGUCUUGGCAACGCUCAGGAAAACAACACGGCUCGAGGAUUUCCAAAUUUCGGUCACAUUCAUCGUGUUCAUCGCUCACUAUCAGCACUGCAACAAUCACCACCAUCUACAAAGAAGAAAAGGUACCGAUCCGAUAUGAAUCGGCCGCCGUCGCCCUACAAUCCGCCGGCUGCGUGGCUAGGCUUCCUGGACUUGAUUCCCGAGUAUUUGCUGGACGGCUCCGCGUCGUCUAGAGGCAAAGUCAUAGCUUUCCUCGACAUGACGGCGCGACAUCUGGAAGCACGAGAUCUGCCAACAGCGGCCACAGCGUUGGAGCUGCAACAAACCAUCGAGGAAGGACAUUUAACAUUACGAGGCAUGACGCCUCUAUACAACCUAACAUCUCAACGCGAUAUAAGAACGAAAGCCGUUUCUACAGCAUUACGCGCGCCUGGCAGCAUACAACACAAUUUACCAUUUACAAGCGAUUUACACGCAAGCAACCUAACAUCUGACAACAAACUCUCGGCACCCGGGAGCUUGACAUCUAACAUUGACCACCUACCUGGUCUUAUCGAUGACAUCGUUAACAAUAUUCCAAGUCACAUGUGGCGUGGGCGUGGGCGUACAGCAUUUAACAAGAUCGCCUUCUGGCUGGCAGAUGUCGCGGAAGAGAUUGUGGAGAAUAACAAGAAUGUAUUGGGAGGGGAAUUGCUGUUGGAAGCUGCGGCCAAGUUCAAUUCUGCUGCAGGAAGCCUUUUCGAUCUUUUUGAAUGGGAGGCGUGAGAAACGAUCGAGGAUGUACAAGAAAGGAUGAUGGCGUGUUCAAGUUUACAGACACCUAAUCAGGCUGGGUCUUGGCACAGGGUGCCCAGCCUUGUUGGCUCGAGACUGGCCCAGCUUGCACGUGCACGCCGCAAUGCAGCUUGUCUUUGAAUUGAUGAGAAAAUUGAAGCGUGUAGGAUGGUUUCUCAGAUAGACCCGAGAAGAAAAGACGAAACCCUUGUUUCUGUC